AUGAACGCCAACAAGCAGUCCCUGAUAUACAGCUUCGUGGCCAAGGGCUCCGUCGUGCUCGCCGAGCACACCGCCUUCUCCGGCAACUUCAGCACCAUCGCCGUCCAGUGCCUCCAGAAGCUUCCUCCAAACAGCACCAAGUCCACCUACUCCUGCGACGGCCACACCUUCAACUUCCUCGUCGACCGCGGCUUCGUGUUUCUUGUGGUCGCCGAUGAGGCGGUCGGACGUAGCGUGCCGUUUGUGUUCCUAGAGAGGGUUAGGGAAGACUUCAUGCAGCGCUACGGGUCCAGUAUUGAUGAGGAGGGCCAGCACCCGCUUGCCGAUGAUGCGGACGACGAUGACUUCCUGUUGGAGGAUCGGUUUAGCAUUGCCUACAAUCUUGACCGGGAAUUUGGACCAAGGCUCAAGGAUCACAUGAUGUAUUGCAUUAAUCAUCCAGAGGAAAUUAGCAAGCUCUCCAAAGUGAAAGCACAUCUCACAGAGGUCAAAGGGAUUAUGAUGGACAACAUUGAGAAGAUAUUGGAACGGGGAGAGAAGAUUGAGCUUUUGGUUGGCAAGACUGAAACCUUACAAUCACAGGCUGACAGUUUCCACAGACAUGGAAGAGAACUCAGGCGUAAGAUGUGGCUACAGAACCUGAGGUUUAAGUUGAUGGUGGGUGGUGCCCUUGCAACGUUGAUUAUCAUCCUGUGGCUAAUUGUUUGCGGGGGCUUCAAGUGCUAGAACAUUCAAAAUCUUCUGUUUCCCUCUUCUUCUUCUUCUUCUUCUUCUUCUUCUUCUUUUUUGCAUUCGAUGUCGUGUGCAUAUAUAACGACCAGCAAAUCCUGCUUUCAAUAUGCUACGUGCAGCGUUAAUCUCCUUAUGGACCUUAAUUCCCUGUGGCCCGUUCUCAUGUUUCAUAGUAGUAUUAUUACAAUAGGGGGCUCUGGAAAUGGAAUACUUGUGUAAACAAACCUUGUGGAAGGCGACAACUCGGCUAUCUGUAUUUUGUACAUUCUGAAAUGCUAAUAGUUCAUUUCAACUUACUUUUCA